AUGAGUGGUUACGAUAGAGCUUUAUCUAUUUUUUCUCCCGAUGGUCAUAUCUUCCAAGUUGAAUAUGCUCUUGAGGCUGUUAAGAGAGGUACAUGUGCUGUUGGUGUUAAAGGUACCGAUUGUGUUGUAUUAGGUUGUGAAAGACGUUCUACUUUAAAACUACAAGAUCCACGUAUUACUCCAUCAAAGAUCUCGAAGAUCGAUUCACAUAUUGUUUUAUCCUUUUCUGGUUUAAAUGCAGAUUCUCGUAUCCUAAUAGAAAAGGCACGUAUAGAGGCACAGAGUCAUAGAAUGACUCUUGAGGAUCCUGUCACAGUGGAAUAUUUGACUCGUUACAUUGCUGGUGUUCAACAGAAGUAUACUCAAUCAGGUGGUGUAAGACCCUUUGGUAUCUCCACAUUGAUUGCAGGGUUUGAUCCAAAGGACCAGACUCCAAGAUUGUACCAAACUGAACCUAGUGGUAUAUAUUCCAGUUGGACAGCUCAAACGAUUGGUAGGAAUUCAAAGACUGUUAGAGAGUUUUUGGAAAAGAAUUAUGAUACUGAAACACCACCUGAAACUGUUGAAGAUUGUGUUAAAUUAACAAUUAGAUCGUUAUUAGAGGUUGUACAGACAGGUGCCAAAAAUAUUGAAAUUACUGUAGUGAAACCAAAUGCAGAAAUUAUUACAUUGGAUAAUGAUGCAAUUGGUAAAUAUGUUGAUGAUAUUGAAAAGGAAAAACAAGAACAACAAGAACGUGAAAAAUCAAAGAAAAAGGAUUAA